GCGGCCGCUGUCAUGGAGCAGUGAGGGGCAGCGGAGCCGCCCGCACCCCCGCCCGAGGCACCGCUGCUCCCCGCGCCAUGGAGACGGUGCAGCUGCGGAACCCGCGCCGGCAGCUGAAGAAGUUAGAUGAGGACAGUUUAACCAAACAACCUGAGGAGGUAUUUGAUGUAUUGGAGAAGCUUGGAGAAGGUUCCUAUGGCAGUGUCUUCAAAGCCAUUCAUAAAGAAACGGGUCAGGUUGUUGCAAUUAAACAAGUUCCUGUGGAGUCUGACCUGCAAGAGAUUAUAAAGGAAAUAUCCAUAAUGCAGCAAUGUGACAGUCCUCAUGUGGUGAAAUACUACGGCAGCUAUUUCAAGAACACAGACCUGUGGAUAGUCAUGGAGUACUGCGGAGCUGGAUCUGUGUCUGACAUCAUUCGGUUACGAAAUAAAACCCUCACAGAGGAAGAAAUUGCUACAAUAGUGCAGUCAACCCUGAAAGGACUAGAGUACCUGCAUUUUAUGAGGAAAAUACACAGAGACAUAAAAGCUGGAAAUAUAUUACUAAAUACAGAGGGACAUGCUAAGCUUGCUGAUUUUGGAGUGGCAGGACAACUUACAGACACCAUGGCCAAGCGGAACACAGUUAUAGGGACCCCAUUUUGGAUGGCUCCAGAAGUGAUUCAAGAAAUUGGGUACAAUUGUGUGGCAGACAUCUGGUCCCUAGGAAUCACUGCAAUAGAAAUGGCUGAAGGCAAACCACCCUAUGCAGAUAUUCAUCCCAUGAGGGCAAUUUUCAUGAUUCCAACUAAUCCACCUCCAACAUUCCGGAAGCCAGAGCUCUGGUCAGACAAUUUCACAGACUUUGUAAAACAGUGUCUUGUGAAGAGCCCUGAGCAACGUGCCACAGCCACACAACUUCUGCAGCAUCCAUUUGUUAAAAGUGCCAAAGGAGUCUCAAUCCUGCGGGACCUCAUUAAUGAAGCAAUGGACAUCAAACUGAAACGUCAGGAGGCACAGCAGAGAGAACUUGAUCAAGAUGAUGAAGAAAAUUCAAACCCCCCUUAUAGAAAAUUUCUACUACACAAGAGCAACCGACAGAAACCUGAGGAAGAAGAUGAAACAGAUUCUGGCACCAUGGUGAGGGCUAGUGGAGAUGAAACUGGUACCAUAAGAGCUAUCAACACCAUGAGUGAUGGAGCCAACACGAUGAUAGAACAUGAUGGCACCCUGGAAUCUCAGCUGGGUACAAUGGUCAUCAACACAGAAGAGGAGGAGGAGGAGGGCACCAUGAAAAGGAGGGAUGAAACGAUGCAGCCAGCCAAACCAUCAUUCCUUGAAUAUUUUGAACAGAAGGAGAAGGAGAAUCAAAUCAAUAGCUUUGGGAAGAAUGUGUCUGGCCAGACAAAAAAUUCAUCUGAUUGGAAAGUGCCACAGGACGGAGACUACGAAUUUCUAAAGACCUGGAGUGUUGAUGAACUUCAGAAGAGACUCUCAGCCCUGGACCCCAUGAUGGAGCAGGAGAUUGAAGAAAUCCGCCAGAAAUACCAAUCAAAGCGGCAGCCAAUCCUCGACGCCAUUGAGGCCAAGAAGCGGCGGCAGCAGAACUUCUGAGCCCCUGGUAAAAGAUUCUUCCACCCUCAAACAGUCAGCUCCUUGCUUUUAUGACUACUCAACAGGUUGAUUUCUAUUGAAAUACGCUAGCAAAAUAGAGGGCAAUACUUCUGCUCGUUUAUUUUUCCAUAGCACCUUUCUGAUCUCAGGAAUGCCAUGAAGUGGGAGAUCCUGAGGGUAUGUUUUAAUGUUAGACAUGGAUUUGAAACAUUGCUCUGAAGGAGUUUUGUUACUGUUUUAAGGGGGAUUGUUUUUAAAUCAGAAGGACAGAUUGAAAUAGGCUAAUGGAAGUUGGCUCACUCCCUUUUCAACGGAACGUUCAGUUGUCUGGUUUAAGUUCAUAUGAAUUGUGGUAUUUAACAGCUGCCUCUUUUGUGUUUUUUGUUUUUCUUUGUGGAUGAACAGACUCCGUUUCAAGCUGUUAACUGUAUCUUUCUACUGUUAAGGUACUGGUAAGUUUUAGGUCACUGAAGAGAGCAGGUGAGAACAUACACAAACUGCUCCAGCCUUUAAAAUGAAACUUAAAUCUCAUUUUUAAAAAAGCCUGUAAUAAGCCCCAUGCCUUACACCAUGUGCUUUAAGCAAGUGUGGUUUCCUCAAGACCUCAGUUUUGUCCUCUCUUUAUGUACCUUAUAAAUUGAUAUGAGUAGUUAAAAGCAUGUUGUGCCUCUAUCAGAAGUUACAUUCUAUAAUUUAAAAUCCACACUCACUUAAAACCAAAAUCCAAUCAGUGAUCUGAUUCCUCUUCAUCUGUCUGCUUGGAAAUGUCCUUCAGUAUUCAAAUAGGUGAAAGUUGUGUGAACCUCUCUCAGGAAUUAGGUACUUCUGUGUCUGAGAGGACUUAAAAAUCUCCAUGGUUCGUGAAAUAUUUUAUAAGCUUCAUUUCAGAUUCACAUUUUUAGAUGCUUGAAUAAAAACUUAAUUUCACAAUCCUUCACAUUUCUGCAAGGUUUAGCACAUCAGAAAAGUUGAACUGAAAGUAAAGACUGUUGAAUUAACAAAGAUGUGCAUUUAUGGUGGCAGAGCAAAGGCAGAGUUGAUUGGGGUGAGAAGACAAUAAUGUCCUACUGGAAGAGAUUCAGUCGCUUCCAGGAUGCUCUUGUGUUUUUUCUUUAAAUUUCCCUGCCAUUCCUGCCUGGUAGAGCUCAGUCAGUGAGAACACCCCAGCACGUACAAUCGCUGUGAGAAUGGUGCAAUUAACUCACACCAGUAGAGUGGAGAGUAAAAGAGAAGCAGCAAAGAGCCUCCUUGGAGGGCAGAGACUAAAUGAUGCCUCUGCCCCAUGGGCUGUAACAGCAGGUGGGUUUAGAUGUAUGUAGUGAAUGAUUAAAUAUUUGGACAGAACAAGUGUUUACCCAUUUGUUUUUACUUUGUUCUUAUAGAGCGGUUUCCCCGUCCGUCUGAAACAGGCCUCAGUACACCACCUAGAUAAUUAAACUAUAUAGCAGUGUCUCCCAAAUCAAAUGCUGCUAGAGGGGUGUUCAUUUCACACCUUUGUAGGCUUUUUUUUUUUCCCCUUGGAGCAGACUCUUGGCUACUAACAGGUAUACACCACUGCUGUGAAAGGAACCAAGCCAUGUCUACCCCCUCUGCAGAUCUGAUUGCAUCAGUUUGUCCCAGUGGGAUAGGCAGUGUGAGCACAGAGAUCAGCAACCCAGCUGUUCCUGCAGGAAAAGGGAGGCAGCAAGCCAUGCAUCUAGGGUUCUGAAGUAAGAGGACAUCCUGGAAUAACCAGCUAUUGGAAAGCCUCAUGUACUGGGAAAGUUUUGAACUGAGAAAGCCAGGUAAUCAAAAGCUUCAUUGUUGUUAACAGGCUAAAAUACCUUAAUAUAAUCCUCAAUGAGGUCUGGUGAAAUGCUGUGUGAACAUAAGGGCUCACUCAGUGCUCAUCUGAAAUCUGUGCAAUAUGUUUUGCCCUAAACAUGUGUUUAUUCUGAGCAAUAUUUGUGUGAGCACCCUUUGCAUCUCAGAAGCUCCCACAGCUCAGGAGGGAGUUUUCUGGUCAAGUGUUGGAUCUUGUAUUAGUCACUUGGGUGGAUCUGGCCCAACACCUCUGGUGUGAUAGUUGUGGAGAUGUGAUGUGGUAAAUGCCUGCAUGUGGUGUGGGUCAGGCAGAUUCUGCUGGGAGGAGUUUUACUUCUGCACUGUGUAGGUAACUUUUUAGUGAUAGGAGGGCAUUAGAAACCCCAGGCUUUAGGUGAAACACCACAAGGUGGUGUCUGUGUAUGGAAUAUGCAACCUGUGACUGCUGUAACUGAAUGUAAGCACUCUUGAAAUUAUCUGCUUUGCUGGUAUGAUUGUCUUAAAAUACAGCAAAUGAACCAAAAUAAGUAAAACUGGUCCUAUGACUUAGCUGUCUUUGAACCUUUCUUUAAUGCUUGCAGUUGUUGAGACUCAAUGAUGUGUCUGCAGAGGAAUUAUUUUCUCCUUCGCUGAUUUUCAAUCUGUUAGAGAAAAUAAUUCCCUUUUUGGUCCUUUUGUAGUGCCUAGGAGCACAGUACUUGCUCAGUCCUUAGAGUCCUCCAGGCUAUGACCAAGGCUUGUAGCCCACAGGAAAGCUGUUCUGACAAAGGUUGUCAGCAAAACACUUGCUUAAUUGUGAAAUUGCAUUCAGGGCUCCUUGGGUCCAUCUGCAUUGCUGAAAGUGUUCUGGACAAUCCAUUAUCUUUGCUUGUAAAACCCAGAGAUACUGCUGAUGUCAGUCAGGUGAGACUUAAAAAUGUGAAGUUUGUAGCUUUAACUUUUUUUGUAACAAACACAUUGGCGACACUGGCAUAAAGUGCUGACUUGAAAUGAUAUUUUGUAAGAUCUGGCUGUUUGUAUAUAAUAGUGUUGGGUCAUUAGUUUGUAUAUGUAUGAAAUAGUAACUUUUAUGGCAGUCCUCUGAGUUUGAUACAGGAGAUUUUGUUUGAUCUUCCUCAAAUAUUUUGCCUUAUUUGUUCAAAGGGCAAAUAAACUGUCCUUUCCUGAAA